CGGCGGCCGCGGCGAGAGCGCGCCCAGCGAGCCGUGAUGUCUGCGCGCGCUGGAGACCUCCUCCCGCCGCGGCCCCGGGCCCUGGCGCCGGCCGCGCCUCUGCUGCUGCUGUUGCUGCUGCUGCUGGACGCCGGCGGCGGGCGCGGGGGCGCCUGGGCCCAGGAGCCGGGGGCGGCGGCGGACGGGCUCCCCGCGGCCGACGGCGGGGACGGGCAGGACCCGCACGCCAAGUACCUGUACACGGCCGACAUGUUCACGCACGGCAUCCACAGCGCCGCGCACUUCGUCAUGUUCUUCGCGCCCUGGUGUGGACACUGCCAGCGGCUGCAGCCUACCUGGAACGACCUGGGAGACAAGUACAACAGCAUGGAGGACGCCAAGGUGUACGUGGCCAAGGUCGACUGCACAGUCGACUCGGAUGUGUGCUCCGCCCAGGGCGUGCGUGGGUACCCCACCUUGAAGUUUUUCAGGCCUGGCCAAGAAGCUGUGAAGUACCAGGGUCCCCGGGAUCUUCAGGCCCUGGAAAACUGGAUGCUGCAGACACUGAACGAGGAGCCCGCCACGCCGGAGCCCGAGGUGGAGCCACCCCAAGCCCCCGAGCUCAAGCAGGGCCUGUACGAGCUCUCGGCCAGCAACUUUGAGGCGCACGUGGCACAAGGAGACCACUUUAUCAAGUUCUUCGCCCCGUGGUGCGGCCACUGCAAAGCUCUGGCUCCGACCUGGGAGCAUCUGGCUCUGGGCCUUGAACAUUCCGAAACUGUCAAGAUUGGCAAGGUUGAUUGCACACAGCACUAUGAACUCUGUUCAGGAAACCAGGUCCGAGGUUAUCCUGCUCUCCUCUGGUUCCGAGAUGGCAAAAAGGUUGAUCAGUACAAGGGGAAGCGGGAUCUGGAGUCGCUGAGGGAGUACGUGGCAUCGCAGCUGCAGGGCCCGGAGCGGGGUGCCCCGGAGCCCAUCCAGCCCUCGGAGGCCCCCGCGCUGGCCGCCGAGCCCGCGGCCGACCAGGGCACUGUGUUGGCAUUGACGGAAAAGAACUUCGAUGAUACCAUCGCAGAAGGCAUAACCUUCGUCAAGUUUUAUGCCCCAUGGUGCGGGCAUUGUAAGAACCUGGCUCCUACGUGGGAGGAACUCUCUAAAAAGGAAUUCCCUGGCUUGGCGGAGGUCAAGAUCGCCGAGUUGGACUGCACUGCAGAACGGAACAUCUGCAGCAAGUACUCGGUACGAGGUUAUCCCACAUUGCUGCUUUUCCGCGGAGGGAAAAAAGUCAGCGAGCACAGCGGGGGCCGAGACCUGGACUCCUUGCACCACUUUGUCCUGCGCCAGGCGAAGGAUGAACUGUGAGCUCGGCUGGAAGCGUCUCCGGCCUGGCCCCGGGCGGGAGCUCAGUCCUGCGGCCGCUGCCUGGUCCCUUGCGGUGGUGACUCACAGACCCGAACGUACUAAACUUGUGCUAGCUUCUCCAUGUGUGUGUUUUUUAAGCCAACACACUCCACAGAUUCUUUCUUAAAUUUCUCUAAGUAAAUGUGUACCUCAUGAUCCCUUUGCAAACUAAAUAUUUUCAGUGGCAAGCUACCAUCCAUCCCCUUUAACCUUCUCUCGGUGAAAUCUAAAUGGUUUCCUUUGAGACUAAAAUAGAGUCAAGGAAAUUCCAAUUGCCAGACUGUUUUUGGCUUUGCAGUGAUUUUGGUGAAAGCAUCAUCCGAUGCAUAGUUUUCGAACCGUCCGCGCACCAGUUCUGGAAAGGUGGCCUUGCCUUGUGGCGGUAUUGCUUUGCUCUGAUCUGAAGGUCCCAGUUGACUUGUUAAUAACGUGGUUGGUCCGUAGCUUGGAGCAGAUUUAAAACACAAAACCCCGUCGCCUCUGGAAGAGCCACUUUCCCAGCCCCUCCUGGAUCUUCUGUCUCUGUUGAUACCUCUCUCACGGAGAGUGGUGAGCCAUAAUGAGAACAGUGGUACUCCCGACGCGUGCCUGGGUAAGAUAAUGCUGAUGCCAUAGUCUUGUGUGUGUGUUGAUACUUGACCAAUUGCUUAUUACUGUUCAAGGGAUACUUCUGUCCCUCCUGAGUGAGAGAUUUCAUUAGUUAACAUGAAGCCAGAGUCCACGUGAACGUCUUUAAGAGUUGAUGUCUCACGUGGAAAGUUCCACGAGGCUUGUCCCGCCUAUUCUGUUAACUCCUAGGAAGGUUCCGGUUGGCUUGGCCACCUGGGGCAGGAGGACUAGAUGAGCUUUCCCAGGUCUGGGUAUCAGGGACUGAGGAAGCCCUGCAGCCCCACGAUGGAGCCCUAACCAGAAGCAGCUUCAGACUCAGCGGUCCUUUUAGAGGCCGUGUCCUGUACUUACUUCGUCUGCCUUCGAGGCGGCCAAUCUUCUACUGUACGAAGAGUGGGAUUUAACUUGACUUCAAGGUCCAAGAAGGAGGGAGGCAGGGCCGAAGUAGGCCACAUUACCGGCGUCCUCAUAACUCACGCCGUCCUGGUUAAUAAGAAGCAUGUUUACCCCCCUCACCCUUGGAAAGCAGCAGCUGUAGGACUAGGCUCCCUUAAGGUAUGUAUGUACCUGGAGGUUCUUCGCCAUCAAUUGCUCCUUGAGAUAACACUCUUCACCCCCACCGCCCAUGCUCAGGAGAUGUGGCCACUCGGCACAAAGUGCCUGGUGGUAAGGACCUUAGAAACCAGACCCCGUCCGCUGUCCACGGCAGACAACAACAGCAGGAUCCCGGCCAGCCUCUGCCUUAAAGGAAAUCUUUAUUAAUCAUGUAUGGUUCACAGAUGUUCUUUAAAAAAAAAAAAACAAACCCCAACUUUCUAGAGAAGCACAGUCCUCACGAGUGGCUUCAUCUUUGCAUCAUGAGUCUUGUUUUAAAAGAAAAUCAAAGUGGUACAAUUUGUUUACACUAUGAUACUUU